GGAAGUAACAAAAGGAAACUUUUUUCUGUAUUACUUAAAUCUAAUUUAUUUUCAAUGAUGAAACAUCCUAUACAAAUACCAUUGAUACCAUUCUUACAUCGGCUUCUUUCACCAAUACAGACUUUAAGAAGUCUCUGAGAUUUUUUGAAAUAUGGCAGAAGAAACCGAAAAUGCUGCAAUUGAGGUUAAUCGAGGAUUGCUUAAGGAGCUUGAAGAUAUGGGAUUCUCGAUGGCUCGAGCUUCAUGGGCUUUGCAUCACUCUGGUAACUCUAGCCUUGAAGCAGCUGUGAAUUGGAUCAUAGAUCAUGAGAACGAUUCGCAGUUUGAAAAAAUGCCUUUGGUGGAAUUUAACAUUGAGAUUGAGUCUCCAAAUCCAUCUCAUGAUACUGCAGAAAAUGCUCAGGCAAGAGCAAAGGAACUAAUGGAACAAGCUCGUAAACUAAGAGAAGAAGAAGAAACUAAAGGUGAAAGAGAAAGAGAAAAGGAAAGGAUACGAGCAGGGAAAGAGAUGAUGGAGACAAAGCGAAUUGCGGAAGAAAACGAAAGAAAACGGAACAUAGCUUUGAGGAAAGCUGAGAAAGAUGAGGAGAAAAAAGCAAGAGAGAAAAUUAUGCUGAAACUUAAUGCAGACAAGUUGGAGAGAAAGCGGAGGCGCGGUUUGCCAACCGAAGAAUCUGCUUCGACAUCAAUUCAAGUUUCUUUACUUGACUAUAAGAGGAAAGUAAUGUCGUCGUCACGCCCUGCCUCGAAAGCAGAGGAGAUGAGAGAAUGCUUAAGGUCAUUAAGACGAAACCACAAAGAUGAAGAUCCAAGAAUCACGAGGACGGCAUUUGAAACGCUUCUGACAAUUGUGAGGAACGCAGCAAAGAAGCCAGACGAAGAAAGAUAUAGAAGAAUCCGUCUCACGAACCGCUUGUUCCAUGAGAGAGUUGGAAGAUACAAAGAAGGUAUUGAGUUCAUGGAACUCUGUGGAUUCAAGACAGAGGAAGGAUCUGAGUUCUUGUCUCUAUCUUAUCACGAUGCAGACAUCAACCGGCUUCGAGACGCUGCGUUUCAGUUGAACUCUGCGAUUACCAAUCCCUUCUUUGGUCUUCUUUCCACCAAAGCUGAAGAAGACCGUGAAAAAUAAUCUUUCUCUUUCUGACAUGUUGUGCAAGUCGAAACUCAAAAAUUGUUAUUAUAUGGCUACAACAACAAAAUGUAACCUGAUCAUAUCAAUACAUAAAAAAUUAAUGGUUA